AUGGCUACCCCAGAUACCGAUAUCAGCCAGCUGUCCGAAACACAGCAGGCAGCUUUACAACAAUUACUUACGGUAACUGGUCAGGAAGUAGAUCAAGCAGUCCCCCUAUUGCAGAGAUCACAAUGGAGCGUUGAGAUUGCAAUCGCAAAGUUCUUUGACGGCGAAGAUGAUUCUUUGACAGCAGCAGGACUAGCAGCUCAAAACGUUCCACCUCCUCGUGCUUCGAGACAAGAAAAUCUUCAAUAUAGUCUCCUCAACGAAUCCUCAAAUCGAUCGAGAGCUCAAAAUGUGGACUCGGCUCCAAGAAUUGUUCCUCAACCGGAGGAUCAAGUAAUUCGAAGACCAAAUCUUAUUUUCGCCAUACUGUUCGCACCAUUCAGUGUACUCUAUAAAAUUUUCUCGAUGGGAUAUAGAGCCUUCGCAUUUUUGUUUCCUUUCCUACCAAGGUUCACACCUACAGGCGCAUCAAAUACAAUGGGACGGAGGUCACUCAAACCGAGAGAUGCAGCAACACGCACAAAGCGGGAGUUCGAGGAAGAAUAUGGACCAAAUAAUAUACCAUUUUUCGAUGGAGGAUAUGCGCAAGCAUUGGAUCUUGCAAAGAAAGAUUUGAAAUUCCUUAUUGUUCAUUUAAUGUCUCCGGAACAUGAUGAUACAUCCGAUUUUGUGCAUCAAACUUUACUUUCCGAAGAAGUCACCUCAUUUCUCGGGGAUAAAACCAACAACAUAAUAUUUUGGAUGGGAGAUGUACGCGAUUCAGAAGCAUAUCAAGUCUCUUCAGCUUUGAGAUGUACCAAAUUUCCAUUCACGGCCUUAAUUACCCAUACACCCGACCAAGGAGCUACCUCAAUGUCGGUCAUUGCUAGAAUCUCUGGACAAGAAGCACCUGGCGCAUUCGUAGCGAAACUACAAAGUGCGAUGGGACAGCAUUCCGAGAAAUUAGCUGCAGUUCGUGCACAACGUUCAGCACAAAACUUCGAGCGCUCGUUAAGAGAAGAACAAGAUUCUGCCUAUGAGCAAUCUUUAGCACAAGAUAGAGAGCGUGCUAGACAGAGAAAGGAAGCAGAAGCCGCGGCUGCAGCAGAAGAGAAGAGAAGGAAGGAAGAAGAAGAAGCUGCUGCCAAAUUAGCCGAAGAACGAAAACAUUGGAAGCAAUGGCGAGCACAAACCAUUCAACCAGAACCUGAGCCAGGAACUAAUGUUGUUCGAGUUGCAUUGAGAAUGCCAGAAGGUGCUAGAAUCACUCGACGUUUUGAAGCCAAUUCCGGAAUCGAAGAACUUUACGCAUUUGUCGAAUGUCAUGAUUUACUUGAAUCUGGCAAGGAUUACAAUAGGCAAAAGCCGGAAGGAUAUGAACACAAAUAUAAUUUCAGACUAGUGCAAAGCAUACCGAGAGAAGUGUAUGAGAUUGAGGGGGGAGGAACAAUUGGGGAGAGGGUUGGCAAGAGUGCGAACUUGAUUGUGGAAUCUAUUGAUGAUGAUGAGGAUGAUGAUAAUGAAUAA